GUUCCGCUAAGUGUAAACGGGCCCUUAAGCUGUGCUUUCCUUUCGCCCUGCGGGCAGAAAGACUUAAUGAAAGCAAAACAUGAAAUCGGUCUAAUUUUGAAAUGUGCAAACAUUGUGCCCAUCUGUGCUCAGCAAUCAAUAAUAUAAUUUUCGUCACUAUGGCAAACAACAAUAAAAUAGCCUUUCUUAAUACACUCUGAGGAUUGGUUUAUACGAACAAACAUCAGUUAUGUGUGUUUUCUUAAACCUUACGCUGAUUUGAUUUGUUCUGUAGAUAUGUUAGCAAUUUCGGCAUUUGCGUUGUUUCAUUCUUUUGCCACAUUCUAAUUAUGUAUUCUAUUUUAGAAGUAUUGGUGUUAGUAACGUACUCAAUCUGAAGUGUAACUUGUUGUUGUGUGAAAUUAUUAGCUGUUAUGGUUUUCAAUAACUGAAAGCAGAACUUAACCUGUAACUCGAAACUGGUUUAUUUUAGAAUGGAUGUUAUUGAACCACUAUCGAAUAGCGAGGAAGCGGCUAAAUCCGAAGACACAAAGAAUACAUUAUGCGGUAUCUGCAACUACACUCCAAAUUGGCUUCAAAGGUUUGCCACAUCAAAAUGUUAUCUAUUAUUUUAUUCUCUUACGGGAGUUUUGCAAGGAGCUUACGUUACUUAUUUCAUAGGAAUUUUAUCAACCUUAGAGAAACGUUUUUCGUUUGACAGCCAGGUUACAGGAAUUAUCAUGAUUGCUGACAAUCUCAGUCCAAUAUUUUUCAGUGUGUUAAGUUAUUAUGCUAAAGAUGUACACCAGCCUUUAUUGAUAGCAUUUGGUAUGAUGCUUUCUGUUAUAAGUUGUAUUGUGAGUUGUCUGCCGUAUUUUUUCUUUGGUUCGGAAGUAACAUUAUCUCAUAAUGCUUUUGUAAAAAAAAUUCAGUUAUGUAACGAAAAUUUGGGACAUGAGAAUUGUAAUUAUGCUGUAGAAUCUCAAAAUAACUUUGCCAUAAUAAUUUUGUUUAUUGCAAAUUUUUUGAAUGGUUUUGCAUCUAUGACAUAUUACACAUUUGGCAUUGUGUAUUUAGAUGAUAAUGUGAAAAAGAAAGACUCUCCUUUAUAUAUAGGAACAACUUACGCUAUGAAAAUAUUUGGACCAACUUUGGGCUUUAUGCUUUCCUCCUUUACACUUCAGUAUUACGAAAAUCCAUUUAUUGAUCCUGGCUUUGAUAAUCGUGAUUCUCGGUGGAUAGGUGCAUGGUGGACUGGAUUUCUUUUCCUUGCAGUUUCUCUUUUCCUUGUGUCAUUUCCUAUUGCAUUUUUUCCUAAGCAACUGAGAAGAAAAGCAGCUUCUGAUGCUGAAACAGUUUCUUCAAAGAAAUCUGUGAGUGAUUUGCUGCUUUCUUUGAAGAAUAUGGUCAAAAAUCCAAUUUUAGUGUUUCAUACAUUAAGCCUUGUGUUUCAAAUUAAUGGAAUAUUUGGAUAUUUUCUUUUCAUGCCAAAAUAUAUGGAGAGCCAGUUUCGGAAGACUGCGUCAGCUGCUAGUUUUUUCUCCGGCAUUAUUAUAAUGUUUGGUAUUGUCAUUGGAAUAUUUCUUGGAGGAAUCUGUAUCAGAAAAUUUAAGCCUAAGCCACGUUUUCUGACAGGAUACAUGCUAUUUGUGGAAACUUUUGCUGGGGUAGUUCUGUUUUGUGCUUUGUUCAUGGGUUGCCAGUCUAGCAUAUCCAACAAAACUGUUUUUGAGACAAAUCUCAUAAGCCAGGAAUGUAACAAACAUUGUUCAUGCAAUGAAAAUACAUUUGAUCCAAUCUGUGAUAUUAAUGGUACAAAUUAUUAUUCUCCAUGCGCUGCUGGUUGCAAUAGCUACAAAUUUAAAUCAAAAAAUAAUAUGAUUUUUAACAACUGUUCAUGUCUACAUCAGAGUGGUAACUUAUCUGGAGAAACUUAUGGAUUAUCAUAUGCGUUUUGUACGAAAGAAUGCAUUAUGUUUCUGCCAUAUGUGGUGCUAUUAAGCUUGAGCAAAGUGUUCUCUUCAACAGGCAAAGUUGGCAAUAUGUUAAUUUUUCUAAGAUCUGUAGAUGAAAAAGAGAAAGCUUUUGCUCUUGCUACUGUUCAAUUUGUCAUUUCAAUUUUUGCUACUAUUCCUUAUCCUCUUAUUUAUGGAUAUGUGAUAGACAAAACUUGUUUUGUAUGGGAAGAAAAGUGUGGGCAUAAAGGCAACUGUAAAUUGUAUGACGAUAAUAUGUUUAGAUACUAUUUUCAUAGUUUAGCUGUAUGUUUUAUUUUAUUUGCCACCAUCUGCAGUUUAGUUGUUUUUUUAUUGAGUAAAAAUAUGAAAGAUUUGUAUGGGAUAUCAAAAUCAAGGAAAAUACCAGAGGAAAAUAUUGUAUUGAAUGAUGAUAAAGCAGAACCUUUAACUGGUUCCUAAUAAUAUGCAUUUUCUGUAUGAAAAGUUUUGUUAUUCAUUAAAAAUAUUCCCUUAUCUUAUAUCUUGUAAGUAGUAUGGCUACUUUCAUCUUAUUGAGAUUUGUUUCUAAUUUAGAUACAGUACAUUAUG